UAAUCUCAAUUUCUUGCAUUUCAGCACCCAACAAGAGGUGAGAAGACAGCAAAGUCCCGAAGAUGUGAGAAGUUCUCCCUUAGCGAAAGAAAACCUUGUUUUCAAAAUGGACCGAAGUAAAAGGAAUUCAAUAGCUGGAUUUCCACCUCGCUUGGAGCGUGCUGAGGACUUUGAUGGUGGCACUGGAGGAGAUGGGACUACAUCCCAGAUAGGGAGAGUUUGGACCUCUUCGUACAGAGCCCUGAUAAGUGCCUUUUCCAGACUUACCCGUCUCGAUGACUUCACGUGUGAGAAAAUUGGCUCUGGUUUCUUCUCUGAGGUGUUCAAGGUAAGACACAGAACUUCAGACCAGGUAAUGGCUUUGAAGAUGAACACGCUGAACAGCAACAGAGCGAACAUGCUGAAAGAGGUUCAACUUAUGAAUAGACUCUCACAUCCAAACAUCUUAAGGUUUAUGGGUGUCUGUGUGCAUCAAGGACAGCUGCACGCACUUACUGAGGUAAGGCUAUUUCAUGAUUUAUGCACUCAAUAUGAAAUUGCUCACAGGCCAGAUUCUGCAAUUGCUCUUCACCUACAGUCGUAGU